CGGUUUAUACAGCGGUGCUACCGACCGGGCGUUUAUUAUCAUGCAUUGAUAGACAGAUAUAUGUAAAUUGAUUGACAGGAGAGGCGACACUCGUAUGUGCCAGAGCAGACGAUAACUUCUAGGCAGGAGGAACGAUGCCGAGAAAGGCUCAUGCGUGCUGUCUCGUUGCUAUCGUCUGCCUCGUUUUGAAGUUGGCGUCUGCCCAGUCUACUCUGAAGACAACAGUCUGGAAAACUGACGUGAAGACAUCAGUUUGGAAUACUGAACGGGCACGAAUCUUACCUUCGUUCGGAUCUAGCUGCAACUUUCUGUGUUAUUCGGGUAUACUCUCCUCUGCUGAUGGCUGUACCUGUUUCAAACACAUGUGUACGGCCCAAAGCUGUCGAUCCAGUGAAGUGUGCCAGACACGAACCACCAAGUAUAAAACCUUUGCAUUAUGCUGUCCCCGGAAGCGUCACAAAGUGUGCUGGAACCGGCCUCGCUACAACAUGAGAUUUGGUCGUCGGUUCUACUUCUACAGCCACCAGUCCAAUACCUGUCAUACCUUCAGGGCCAAGAGAUUCGACCGCACAUCCUACUUCACCAAUGCAAGGGCGUGUCUCCGACAAUGUAAAUGCAGGCAGCCUGAUCACAACAGGCGCGUGUAUCAAUAAACCUCUUUACAGAAAACCUACAUCCGGCUUCACAAAGGACAGGAAAUAAAUGCCGGGGUAGAGAGAGGACUACAGAAUUCUUGUUAUAUUUCCUGCUCCCUGGCGGAGAAAAAGAAUUAAUGUUUGUGCUGAAAGAGUGUAGAUGUUACAUAGAGACCCGUUUUGAGAGGUUAUGUACUACUCAAAAGAAGUUUAAGAACAUCCUUUUCUUUCAUAUAGGGGCGUUGGGAUAGCCUAAUGGUUACAGCGUUCGCUCGUCACGCCAAAAACCCGGAUAAGAUUCCCCAAAUGGGUACAAUGUGUGAAGCCCAUUUCGGUGUUCUUUAACUUCUAUAUAUCUAAUUUGAAAUUGGAACCCACGACAGCUCUAUAUAUUAUUUUAACUUACUGAUGUCUACGAUUUCUCGUAAAUUCUUACUAUUGUUGGUUGUGCAUAAAUUAUUCAAGGCCUUUCCUCUGGUGACUAUGACAUCUUAAUAACCCUGUAUAAAGCCAGUUCCGUAUAAAAUGAGACCUUGCAUUUGUUAAUCUAGACGGUUUCAUGCCUAUCAAAAACAACUGAUAUCCGGUUUAACUCACAGAAAAUUAUUUUGCCCUCAACUGUGUUCAUCCAGAGACUAAAGCAUUUAGGAAAUCCUGACAAACAAUUUAAUUUUUAGUAAAUUUUGUUCCAUCUGUAAAUCGGAUGUUGCUGACUUUUUUGUCAUGCUAAUGCCUAAGAAUCACAUUAUUGUGGUAAGGCGCCAAAGAAAUGAUGUCUAAGAUGGAACAUGUUAAUUAUUGGCAUACGAUAUAUACAAGAUAGGUUCGGACCCACACAAGCAGACAAGGGUACAUUGACGACGCCUCCCUUCUGCAAACAAGCACACAAAUAUACGGUGUCCAGAAUGGUAACACAAGUGGUAUCUUCAAUGUCCAAUUCAAUUCUUUAUAUAAGUUAAAAAGAACAAAUAGAGGAAAUCAAAACAAAAAGCUGAGGUUUUUCAUUUGCAUAACCAAACUUCAAAGCUUCAAAGUCAAUCUUGAUACAUUCUGUUUUUGGCACUGCCGUUUUAGGUGGAUGGUAUUGGACGAAAGUGGUAUUUAUGUAAAAUAUUAGGUUGAAUAAAAAUUGAACAUGGAAUAUUCUUUGAGUUGAAUUCGAGAAAUUCACGAGUGUAUUAAGAAACACUGACAUUUAUAGCAAGUUCUUAAUACAGUGGAACUCUUUUUCCGGGCCUGCCAGUCCAGAAACCCCGCCUUCUCGACCUUCCCUUCUUAUAACGAAAGAAGCAUUACGACGUACCCAAUAAACCGAACAUUGAUAAUGCAGACGAUCGAACUGAGGACAGUACUGUGCGGAUUAAAGAGGUUACACUGUAUACAGGUUUUUAACAUUCGGUGUGUAUACGGGUAUCAACUGUGGCACAGGCAACACAAAAUAUUGGUAGCUGUAACACACAAAGGAUUUCACAGACACCCGACCAUCGCACUGUAUGCUAGUAAAUGAAACAUCAUACACUGUAUACUAGCACAUGCAAUGAAACAUCCUCACCUUGAAAAUCCUUAACUCGAUAUAUUCCCUAAGACGAGGUAACCUUAUGAUCCUGGCGGAAAUAUUAAAAUAGUUAAAUAUUAAAUACUCAAAGUAGUUAUGUAUGGGCAACCCCUUGUCUCCGUCUGUCUUCGAUGGUAUCCAAGAAUACGAGUUGAAGAGGUUCAAUGUUUUAUAACACGUUCACUAUUAUGUGUUUGAAACUAGUAUCUUUAUGCCAUUUAUUGUCAUUCACCUGCUAGAAAUAAGUAUGUGCAUAAAUAACAAAAAUUAUUUCCGAAAUUCCACUGCAAUCCUAUAAUCUUCACCAAACCCAUGUGAAACAGAUUUGACUUUGUCAUUACCAAUAUUUCGAUAUAUCUGAUUUUAUUCAAUCCGAAAAUAACAGUAUUAUAUUCAGUAAGAAGGGCCAGGGAUAAGUUAUAAACCACAAUAAUCAAUUCAGUUAUGAUGUGAAUGGUUGAUCAGUUUAUUUAUUACGUAUCCAGUAAUGUACAGAGGCUUAAUAUGGAUGUGAUGUACCGAUGUGAAAUAAACGGUGAUGGAAACUUGGUUCAGUGGAUGUAGAAUUGUCAUUUGUUUUAUGUUCACUUACAAAUACACUUCACAACUGUCCCCAAACCAAGAGUGUUUGAUUACAAGACGUAAGGGACCAAUCAUUUGAUUUUAUUGGUGGUGGUGCAUGCGUGAGUGCCUGCGUGCUUUUGUCUGUUAUAUCAACAACAACAAAAUGUAUUGCUUGGAAAAGUAAUUGUGCUUCUUGGUGAUAAAUACAAAAUAAAUUGGCAGCCACGUCAAAUACAUUGUUGCAAGCUGUUUUUUCUUUGCAAAAAAUAUAUUUAAGCUCGUAAUUUUUAUUUUAAAAAUAUAUCUGGUUUUGCAGAUGUAGCUGUAAAAUAGCUGGACUCCAUGCAAGAUCACAGCAUCCCCUCCC